CUCAUUUUCUUUCAUCGACUCUUGAGUUUCAAGGAAGUCGACGGACGACCCUCUUCUCGCUCUGUAUCUCUCCUAAGGUGAGCCGCCAAGUGGAGAAUUAUUAUCAUUAUUCGUAUUGACUCUGGUGUGCCGGUGGACAACAACAAAUUCGGGGCUUCAAAUCGUGGACGACCUGUUGCGGUAUGUUGGCUUUCGGGAUUGGGAAUGGACCGCUUGGUUGACUGGCUGACUGACUGGAUGGAUGGAUCGGGGGUAGUUGUCUACUCCAGGAAGAUCUCUCUCUUGAAGACACUUGGAGUGGUGGCCAUCGCUCAUCAUCAUCAUCUUCAUGGAAAAACGUCACAGACAGAGUAGCUGAUCCCAAAGCCUGAUAACUGCGAGUUCGUGGUCAGCACGACGUCGUCAUUGUAAUUGGCGUUUAGAGGCGUUUCAUCCCUCCUCCACCACCUUCAAUUUACCCAAGUUCUCCUUAGACCAUAGCGAGAGAGAGAGAGAAAGACUUCCUCUCCCUCUCUCUCUCUUUCUUAGUCAGUGUCCGUAGUACCUUUUUCGUUGGAUACCUUUGGACGCAAUCCCUCGCCCAUCUCGGGGAUCUCGCUCUCUCCCUCUCCUUCUCGGUCGGUCAUUGGAAUGAUCUGCCUAUCCACGGACGGACAAAAACUGCUGAACGAACGAACGAACGAACGAACGCACCCAGUCGAUUCCAGCACUUGAGCGUCUUUUGGCUGUUGUUGUCCCCUCGUUCAGCCAGCUGAAUUGCACGCAGAUCCACGGACACUCAAAAAGAGCACGGACGAUCGAGAAGAAAGGAAUUGAAGAAGAAGUUCUCCAGUUGACAAUAAGACGUUUGGCAAGAAACAAGUGUACUGGUUCCUCAUUAUUAUUAUUAUUGUGAUAUUCGAGCUUCGCGGAGACCUGUGUGUCACGGUGUGAGUGUGCUUGUUUCGGCGAGACGAGUGUCGAACGCUAUUGGACUGGAACACUCUAGCCGAGUAAGUGGGGGUCAUCAAGAUGUUGGCCUUGUCUAAUGUACACCCCCAACCCCACCCAACCCCCAAGAGGUCAAAUAGAGGUGAAGUGAGCAUUUGAGUCAUGAGAUGUGGAGUGAUAAAUGAGAGGUUCUUGUUGACCAAGGCAUGGGAGACCCUCAGAAGUUCUUUAAGAGCAAGAUGAAAAGCCAUCACAACAAUAGAAGUGAGUUCGGUGGUGUGGUGGGGACGAGUAGCAAGAGGUCUCCCCCAUUAACCAUUAAGCGGAUUGGCAGCUCUCAUGCCCAGUGGCAGGACUUCAUCGACCGAGAGCAAAGCUCCGUGGAUCAACUCAUGAAGGAGAGCUUUGCUCAAUUCUGCCAAGAUCACCAAUACAAUAUUGAACAUUCCCAUCCCUCGGGUGGAUCCCAGCAUUUGCACCCCACCGGGCGAAGAAACAGUUUUUCCUCCGACAAACGCCUGGAUGCCGAGAAGGUGGCCAUGAAAGAGUUUGCAUCCCAUCAUCCAUUAACCCUACCCAAAUUUGGAAGUCUACAACGUCAUUCACCCAACAAAACGAAGUUGAGUGCUUCAGCUUCUGUGGGGAUGCCAAUCUCCACAAUGCCUCGGCGAUCACCUACCAAGAGGCUUGACGAGCCGAAAUCGGCUCUAUUCAUCAACGAAGAUGACCUGGACACACCUUUCCAACAUCUGAUAAGAAGGAAAGACUCUCAAAGUGGUGCCAUGAACCCUCCUCCCUUUCAGGGCUCGUUUCGAGUUUCCCCGCCAAAACGGUCACCCUCACCCAUGGGGUCAGUUAUGCCCCCUGGGAUCCACGAACUUGAGACGCUCUAUGCUCCGAUGAAGAACCUCAUGUCGCCCUUGCCCAAUGCGAGGAAAUAUUCCGGCAACACCAUGCCUGCAUUGCAUCCCUUGUUGAAUUUCCGCUCCAAUGAACCUCUUUCUCCGAGAGUCCGCGACGACGACCUGGAAUCCGAGGCCUGUUCAGUCAUCUUUGAUGUGCCCCCUCCUCUGCCACCUAUUCAAUCCCAUGCUAUUCUCCAAGAGAGCUUAGGUCAUGAGAUUCCGAGGAAUCCGUUAAGGAGCCAAAAAAUUGGAGAUUGGUCGAUGAAAGCACCCCCAUUGCCACCCAAACGAUUUGAAGAGGGAUCCGCUCGCCGUCCCAGUCAUCUCGACUUGGCACCAAAUCCAAGCCCUGUCAAUACUGGAAUCUAUGCCAAUGCCAAUUCUGUCCUGCACCGAUCUAGUCUCAUGUCCACGGGGUCAUCGGAAAAUAGCGAUUCUAGUUUGCCCUCAUUCGAGACCGAGGUCCCCGUUACCCCGGUCACUCCCGGCUCGGAACAAGAAGUGUUUUCUUGGCCAAACUAUCGUGUUUGGGGCGAAUCUCCGUCUCCAAGUGAAGAGCACCGCAGUGUGAGUCAGAUUGGUGAGCCUCCCGAGUCUCCAGCGGCCUCGGAUUGCUCCGGACCGAACUCGUUGAACACGAGUGCCAAUGGAAGUAGUGCCAUUUAUUUGAAAAUGAAUAGCAGGUUUCCCUCUGUUGACAAGGACACGCAUUACAUGAACAUUCUUUACAAUGCAGUGCAAAAGCAAGGCGGUGGGGGUUCUGUCGAAUCUGCCAUGUCCCCAUAUAUCGCCAUGACAUCUAACAACAAAAACAACGUCAAGUUACUUCCCAAUGCCAAUGUGGAAGUGGUGUCUGCCAUUUAUGCCAAUCCUCUCUUGAGCACGAAUGGUCGGAAGCAAUCCCGAAGUGCCCGAAAGAAAUUGUCCUCCACCACCUCGUCGGGAGCGACACCCAGUUCGGCGAUUCUUCGAGCCAAGGCCCUGGCUGAAUUCAAGGAACUCAUGCUGGAAGUGGAACAGAAGCGGCAUUAUCGUGUGGGCUUGAAUCUGUUCAACUCGAAGCCCGAUCUUGGAAUCGAGUACUUGGCACGGAAAGAUUUCCUCGAGCUCAAUCCCGAAGCCAUCUCCAAAUUUCUCCACACGAACUCGAACUUGAGUCGAGAAAAGAUUGGCGAGUACUUGGGCAACCUCCAGAGUCCAUUCAAUAUGCAAGUGCUCUCUUGCUUCAUUCAAGAGUUCAACUUUGCCAGUCAGAGGAUCGACAAGUCUUUACGGCGUCUGCUUGAAGUGGUGCGUGUGCCUGGGGAGGCGCAAAAAAUCGAAAAGAUUAUGGAAGUGUUUGGCCAACGUUACUCUCAAUGUAAUCCCAACUUUGCCAACAAGCUCAAGAGUCCAGACUCGGUGGUAACUCUUGCGUUUGCUGCCAUGCUCCUCAACACGGAUCUCCACACUCCCAAUGUCAAAGACGAGAGACGAAUGAGUCUCGAGGAUUUCACCAACAAUCUUCGAGGUGUCGAUGCGGAUCAAGAUUUUGAUCCGAAGCUCCUGAAGAGCAUCUAUAAAGGGAUCAAGAAGCAUGAGUUUGUGAGCGGAGUGGAUCAUGUUGUUCAGACCCAGCUCAUUCAUGGCAGCAUCCACGGGGUGCCCCGGAAGACCCUGCAUCUGGCCGAAGCCCAUCGCCGACUGGUGUGUCUUUGUCGUUUAUAUGAGGUGAUCGAUAUCAAUGCCAAGAAGGAACCGACCACCUCGUUGCACCAAAGGGAUAUCUUCCUCUUCAAUGAUCUCCUAGUCGUGACGAAGCAGUCUAGCAAAUCUACCAAAAACAAUCCCAUGUACGCGUACAAAGACAAUUUUCUGCUCCGCAAUCUGGAGGUGACGCUCUUCCACACUCCCGUGUAUAAGUUCGGGAUUCAAAUCACCCAGAAAAGAGAUAAUCGCGUGCUUAUCACCUUGAAUGCCAGUACCGAGCACGACCGCUACAAGUUUGUCAUGGAUUUACAGGAAUCCAUCUAUGAAAUGGACCUCAUGGAUCGGGUGCUCAGUGAAUUCAACCGAUAGCGGCCAAUGGAAAGAAACGAAACGCGAUCGAUUCGGUGCUAACAAACUUUGAACUUGUCAUGUCAUGCUGUAUUUUUGUGAAUCUUGGCUCCGACCAAAUCAUUUUUUCUUAUGACAAAAAGACAAAUAUAUUCACAGCAUAUACUAAACGAUAA